UGGUCUGAGGGCCGUGGGUGUUGCUCCAGAUGAAAAGCUAGCCCUUUUUGCUGACAACUCAUGUCGAUGGCUAGUCGCAGAUCAAGGAAUCAUGGCAACUGGUGCUAUCAAUGUCGUGAGAGGAACAAAAUCUUCAGAUGAAGAACUAUUCCAAAUAUACAGUCACUCAGAAAGAAUCUUUCAUUUCAAGGAUUAAUGCAAGAUUUGUUGUGCUACUUUGGGGUGAUAAAUCAUCCCUAAAUAGUAAAGCUGUGAAGGACUUGCCAGUUUAUGACUACAAUGAUAUCACUGAACUUGGACGAGAAAAUCGUAAUGCGUUGUCUGACUCAUGCGAGCAAGGUCAGCAAGGUGUCUUCGAAGCCAUUACUCCAGAAGAUGUCGCGACUCUAAUAUAUACCAGUGGAACAAGUGGCAUGCCAAAAGGCGUGAUGCUUACCCACCAAAAUCUCUUGCAUCAGAUAAAUAACAUGUGGGAGAUUGUUCCAGCAGUACCUGGUGAUAGGUUCAUAAGCAUGCUUCCACCCUGGCAUGCGUAUGAGCGUUCUGCCGAGUAUUUCAUCUUCGCUCAUGGAACUCAACAAAUUUACAGUAGUGUGAAAUACCUAAAGGCAGAUUUGCAGAAGUACCAACCUCAUUAUGUUUUCUCUGUACCACUGGUCUAUGAAACUCUGUACAGUUCGAUUCAGAGGCAGAUAUCUUCCAGUUCUCCUGCUCGAAAAACUCUUGCCCUUGCACUUAUCAAGAUAAGUUUGCUAUAUAUGGAGGCAAAGAAGAUAUUCGAGGGAACAGUCUUAUCAAACAAUCCUGUCAAGCCAUCGUCCAUUUCCUACAUGUUCAAUUGUCUAUGGGCAAGAAUUGUCACUGUUCUUUUGUGGCCCUUGCAUAAUCUGGCAAAGAUGUUAGUCUACAAGAAAAUCCAUUCUACAAUCGGAAUUUCAAAGGCUGCUAUAAGUGGUGGUGGAAGUCUCCCGAUGCAUGUGGACAAGUUUUUUGAGGCCAUUGGUAUCAAAGUGCAAAAUGGCUAUGGUCUAACAGAGACUUCCCCUGGUGUAGCUGCUAGGCGUCCAUUCUGUAAUGUUCUUGGCACAGUUGGCCACCCAAUAAAGCAUACAGAAAUCAAGAUCGUGGACAUAGAGAGCGGUGAGGUGCUCCCAGAUGGUUCGAAGGGGAUUGUGAAGAUUAAAGGACCACCAGUAAUGAAGGGAUAUUAUAAGAAUCCAUCUGCUACAAAUAAUGUUUUGGAUCAAGAAGGUUGGUUCAACACUGGAGAUAUAGGCUGGAUUGCACCUUGCCAUGCCACAGGGCCUAGUCGAAAAUGUGGAGGGAUGCUUGUUCUUGAAGGGCGUGCAAAGGAUACGAUAGUUCUCACUACAGGUGAAAAUGUUGAACCUGCUGAGCUUGAGGAAGUAGCAAGCAGGAGUAGCUUGAUUGAUCAGAUAAUGGUUAUUGGCCAGGAUCAACGACGUCUUGGUGCAAUUGUUGUUCCCAAUAAUAAUGAAGCUCUAGCAGCUGCAAAAAGAAAGUCGGGCCUUGAUGGGGACAAUGGCGGAGCCAAAGAUACGGUCGUGAACUUGCUAUAUGAUGAGCUGAGAACUUGGAUGGCGGGUUGCUCAUUCCAGAUUGGCCCUAUUCUUGUUGUUGAAGAACCAUUUACGAUUGAUAAUGGUUUGAUGACACCAACCAUGAAGAUAAGAAGGGACAGAGUAGCAGCCAAAUAUCAAAGUGAAAUUGAAGCCUUGUACAAGUGAGAUGUGGACCCAGGGUCGGCCCAUAGGUUUUGCAAACAAGUUAACCGCCCCGAGCCCUGUUUGAUGGAAGAGAAAUUAUAAGAUGAUCUUAAAUUGUUUUGGUCCGUUCGUUUUAAGAUGGUGUAAGAGGACAUGUUUACGUUGUCAAGGUUAAUAGCGUCUUUGCACUUCAAUAGUUUCCAUUAGUUAGCAAAAACUAAAAUGGCAGUGUUAAUUUAGAUGGAAAGAAAACAUGUAGUCAACUACUGAUACACUGUACAUAUUCGUGCAAAAUCAAAUUAUUGAUGGUCUGAUAUGGUAUGAAAACCAUGCAAAUGGAUAUUAUCUCCUAA